AUGGAAGGCGCGGCUGUCCCCGCGGCUGUCCCCACGGCUGUUCCCGCGGCUGUCCCCACAGGUGUCCCCACAGGUGUCCCCGCGCUGGCCACGGAGCCGAGGUUCGCGCAGCGCCUCAGGCAGUGUCUGGAGGCGGAGCGGCUCCGGGACGAGCGCUUCGGGCUGCAGCCGGUGCCCGGGGGCCGCGUGGCCGUGCCGGUGCUGCCGGAGAAGCUCUCGCAGCUGUGCGUGCCCCCGGAGGUGCCCUGGGAGCUGGUCGGCAUCCAGGAGCCUGUGCCCUGCAGGGCCGCCCGCCGGUGCUCGCCGGCCCGGAGGCUGCGGGACGAGCUGCGGCGGCUGCUGGGGGCCAGCUGGACGGCGGAGCUGGAGCGGGACGUGCCGCACGCCUGGCAGAGGCACGGCGACCUGGUGCUGCUCAGCGAGGACAGCUUCAGCGCUGCGCCCUGGCAGGCGCUGGGCCCGGCGCUCUGGGAGACGGUGGCCUCGGCUCUGGGGGCCCGGCGGGUGGCCCGGCGAGGACGGGUGGCGGCAGAUGGCAUGCGGAGCCCCAGGGUGACCCUGCUGCUGGGGCAGCACGGCUGGGUGGAGCACGUGGACAACGGCAUCAGGUACACCUUCGACGUGACCAAGUGCAUGUUCUCCCCGGGAAACAUCAGCGAGAAGCUGCGUGUGGCCUCGCUGCCCUGCGCCGGGGAGGUCCUGGUGGAUCUCUAUGCAGGCAUCGGCUAUUUCACGCUGCCCUUCCUGGUGCACGCCGGAGCCGCCUUUGUCCACGCCUGUGAGUGGAACAGCCACGCCGUGGAGGCCCUGCACAGGAGCCUGGUGCUGAACGGGGUGCGGGAUCGCUGCCGCAUCCACCGCGGGGACAGCCGGCAGCUGCAGCUGCGCGAUGUGGCGGACAGGGUCAACCUGGGGCUGAUUCCCAGCUCGGAGGAAGGCUGGCCCGUGGCCUGCCGCGUCCUGAAGAAGGACACGGGUGGGGUUCUGCACAUCCACCACAACGUGGAGGCUCGGCCCGCGCCGCAGAGCGCGCUGCUGCGGGCUGAGCGCGGCUCUCCGGAGGCGGCCGGCCCCGCGGGAGAGGCACGGCGACCGGCAGAGCACGGCGGGGAGCAGGCACUGCGGGCCAGGCUCCGGCCCGAGUGGCACAGGUGGGCCGAAGCCACGGCCACGCGCAUCCAGGGGCUGCUGGCGGAGCUGCACGGGCGGCCGUGGCGCUGCAGCGUGCUGCACGUCGAGCCAGUCAAGUCCUACGCGCCGCACGUGCACCACCUGGUGCUGGACCUCGAGUGCCGGCCUGUGCUGCCCGUCUAGUGGGCCCUGGGCACCGCCGGGGCUCCA